AUGGCGGAUGAUCAAGGGGUGAAUUUUGAACCUGAAUCAAAACGUCCAAGAAUAUGCGUGGAGUCAACUAGUACAGUGAAUCAAAGCGUGAAUGAGGAAUUGAAGACUAAGCAGGCUCAAUGUGAAAGCAGAGAAAAAUUAAAUCCCGAAAAAAGUGCAUGGUUGACUUGCCCUGUUCAACACGUCAGUGAACACGUGCAAAAUGAUAAACUUAACAAAACAGAGGAAAUCUUUGAUGGGGACGAGAAGAAACCAAGUCAGGUUUCUGCUAAAACAAAACCUGGGAGUUUGAAAUAUGUGAGUGUAUCUGAAAAGGAUGUUGGAAUUCUAGAAUUUGUCGGCGGUUUACCGGGCUUCCAUGGUGUUCUGAAGCAAAGAUACGCUGAUUUUAUUGUGAGCGAGCGAGAUCUUAAAGGGAAUCUUGUGCGUUUGACAGACGUGUCGGUUCCCCAAAAUGAGAAGAGCAAAGAAUUUGAUCUUGAUAUUUUGAGCGAAGAGGAUAAAGACAAAAUCAAGAAGGUUGCCGAUGAUGAGGAAAAGAAAAUGUCAGUGACAUUAUCACCUGAUGAUGACAAAGAUCACAGGAGAUUGGUUCAUCGUGCAAUCAGGGAAAACUUCUCAGCUCUAGGUAUCUAUAUUAAAUAUUGCAAUAAUAUAUACAUUUUCUUUUCUUUCUUUCUCCUUGAUUUUUUUUGUCUUUUUUUUCCCUCGGAGAGAAGGGUGGGGUGCGGGUGGGGGUGAGGUUGUUAAGGGUGAGGUAACCUGCAGGUACAGGCUUAACAUGGUACAAAAAUGGCAGGACCUCUGCUUUCAGGAUUUGUAAAGGCAAAUAAGGAUUGGCCUUUGUUGUGGUUUAUCCUUGGUAAAAAUUUUAUUUUGCUUUAUUUUGGAGUAUGGUAAUGUAUGUUAAUCAGGUUGAAACAAAGAAAAAAAAUUAAACUAACAACAAAGUUGAACCACAACAGCCUUUUUGAUCUUUCUUGCUCCCCUCCCAGGGUCAUCUCUUUCCCCUUCUCAGAGUGAGCAAGGAGGGGCAGAGGAGAGGUCAUGAAGACAAGGUUGCUUUUUGCUAACAUGUCCCCAGCUUUCCUUUCUACACUUAACUGCGCUUUUCAAAGACAUGUGAAUUCUGAAGUUUAAAAGCCAGCUGAUGUUUGUGUUCCUCGCUGCCGUCAAUCAUCCUAGUGGACCCCUUAGAAAUCAGAAGUUUACUUCAAUGGGUUCAAAAUUGAUUUGUGAUUGGUGGAUUUUGAUCCGUUUUGUGUGUUUCUGUGUUUCAAGGUUCAUUGCUUGUGAUCGUAAUUAUGAUUUACCGCAGCAAAAAAUGAAAUUGUGAAGGCGGCUUUUGAAAUGCAGAAUUCAUGUGUUUUUGAAAAGCCCAGUAAGCUGACCUUUCUCAAUUGUACACUAUUUUUCUUGCGCUGCUAAUUAUGCUUUCUAUACCCAUUCAUUUUCCUUCUCCUCCUAAUAAUAUUGAUUGAAGUCCCUUUCCUAUAUUCAGGACCGGGUUGUUCGAAGCUGGGUUAAGAUAAUCCAGGGUUAGUGCAAAUUUCGAACUCAGAUAUGAGAGCUUAAAAAGCCAAUUCAGUUGAAUUCUCUUUGCCUACAAUUUGAUGAUUGGAUAUGCUAAAAAAAUAGAGAAAAUUAUCCGAGAGAGUGCUUUUGAUAAAAAGAAAAAGAAACCCAGGUUAAAAUUUAACCCCGGGUUAGCGCUAAUCGGCGUUCAAACAACUGGGCCCAGAUGUGUAACUUCCAUAAUCAUGUGCAAAAAAUGGGAAGGGAAAUGGAAGGGAAAAUUAGUGCAGUUGAAUCCUGAUUUUUUUAACCUCUCCGGGAGAGGGAAAUUGGCCAAAUUACUGGAGGGUUUGAAAAAUCUGGGACUUUGUGUGACUUGGAAAGGGAAGAAGGUUUUGAUUGAAAUUAUGGGGCAUUAAAAAACUGAGGGUUUAGAAAUAGGCCAGGGUUCCUUUAAUAGUAUUUUAGUGAAAUACCCCAACAAAAAUCAGUUUGUUAUUGGUUAGUAUAUUUAAACUGCAUGCUGCUGGUGAUGAGAAAAAUAAUAAUUAAUUUUUGUUUGGGUAUUACAUGUAGUCAUAGAGAGGUAUUUUGAUGUUUUUUCAUAUAGACCCACUGGUUUUAUGUUAUGCUUUAGUCAUGUGAAUGCUAUAUUUCAGUCAAUUUUUCAGAAGUUUCUUUAUAGGUCUACCCAGAAUUUGUUUACGUGCUAAAGUACGUAAUUUAAUUUUCAUCAUUUGUUCAUUGCUUGUAGGAAUUGAUUGUGACUGAUAAAUCGAAAGUUGAACUAUGAAAGCUACAUUUUCUUGAAUGAAAAACAAGGUCUUUUGUCCUCAAUUGAGCCCCCAGAAAGCUGAAAAUCGCAUUUUAGGGCUUUGAAAUUUCAAAAUUUUCUGGGGAACCACGUCACUCCCCAGACACCCCCCUCCCCUUAGAAAAACGGGACUAAUGGCCCAUUGUUGAUACAGCCAGUUACUCUAUUCAAACCUGCUGGCUACUUCACUUUUUAUUGAAAGCACCUGCUGGUAUACAAUAAUUAUAAUGUACUUUGAUUUGGUCUUAACAUUAAAGAAUUCCUGUAGUUCACUUUAUUUUAUUGAGGCAUUCAUCUUUAUAUUUAACAUACAUGUAUACAUUUUUCCAGCCUAUUAUAGGCUGGAAAAAUGUAAGUCACAGCAAGCAACAAUAAUAUUUCCUUGAGUUACAGUUUUAGAAUCAACACUUAUCAUAAGAAUUCUUUUGUCUAUUCUAGACAGUGACACAGUUGAUGUUGGUAGCCAAAAAGCGGUUAGAGUUUUCCAUAAACAAGACUCUACUGGCAAUCGAAGAGGCACAAGGUGGCCAUCAGAGCUUGAGAAUUAUUGUUGGUUUGUCCUUUAUAAGGAAAACAAAGACACUAUGGAUGCUAUCAACCUGUUGAGCAAACUCCUGAAGCUCAAAUCAGGCAUGUUUGGUUAUGCUGGAACAAAAGAUCGUAGGGCUAUCACCACUCAGUGGGUCUCUGUCUACAGGGUCAGGGCUGAACAGUUACAGAAUCUUAACAGCACCCUAAGGAAUUUGUGUGUUGGGAACUUUAGAUAUUGUAAAGAGCCUCUAAAACUUGGUUCUCUGUCAGGAAAUCAGUUUAUUGUAACACUUCGCAAUGUUGCUGGAGAUCAUAGUACAAUUGAGGAGAGUUUGGAGUCAUUAAAGGUCAAUGGUUUCAUCAACUACUUUGGUCUGCAGCGGUUUGGAACCACAUCAGUUCCAACACAUAAAAUAGGUAACUACUAUGUUGUCGUUUUUUUCUUCUGCUUUUUUUAAAAUUUCCUUUCACACAGCCACAAGGAAUAACCUCAUUGAUACCUAUAUGUGAGAUACUGUCUGUAAUGUAUACAAAUUCUAUUUGAGACAACAACCACCUUGUACCCUAACCCCCAUUAUCAUGUCAUUAACCCCCCCACCCCUUCCCCCACCCUGGGUGAGAAAGAAGGCUAAAAAGCCUUAAUUGUUUGGGGAAGAAGCAUGAGUAUAUUUUCUUAUUCUUCAGUUGGUUUGUCACCUUGUUUGUAACCUUGUAGCCACAUGGCAACUGGACAGUCAUUUUGGUGGUCAAUGAAAUUAUUUUUUACAAAUAAUUUACAUGAAAAAUUAAUGCAGUUAAUUUGUUCAUGACCACUAACAUGGCUGCCAUGAUCUCAUUUGCAAACCAGCAAUACUUUGCCCUAUGCACUUGCACACUGUCACAUGAUCUUGAGACAAUAAAUUGACCAUGAUAGAACAAGUUAAUACUAAUAAAAUAAUCCCCUCAAAAUGGGUUGUGUUUGUGCCCUCAUGCCAUAUUGCAUUGAAUCUGAUCCCAAGUGACUGUGGCACAACAGUGCUCCUGAGAAAGAUGUUAUUAAGUCAGUAACACAUGCCACAGGUGGUUUGGUAGAAAUAGUGACAGAGUACUUCCAUUAGGAAUCGAACCUGUGACCUUCUGGUUACUAGUCGGGAUGCCAUCACUUUCCCAUCAUUGAGCAUAAGCAGGAUGUUUGUUACAUGAACCUAGUUUAGUGACCUUACAAGUAGCUCUUACAAGUCCCCUGUUGCUUUUUGGUACAGCAUGUGGGCUACUAAACAAGAGGGUCAUAGGAAGUAUCUGGAUUUUUUUCUUUCAAGUAGCCUGUGCCACUGACUAAGAGCACAGUCAUAGCGAUAUUCCAAUGAUUUUGUUACCUGUACGUCCUUUACCAUUGACGUAUUAAAAUCCCCAAAGGCCCAAAACAAUUCAUGGCAUACAUCCUGUAGGAUGCAAAGAUUGAUGGAUUGAUCUGAAAAUGUAUAUUAAUUAUUUUGUAGAAAUAUCUGGUCGGCUUGUUGGCAUAAUGUUUGUUGCAGUUAUUAUGAAUGUUGGUUAAUGAUGCAUAUUUCUUUUAGCCUUUGUUGUGCUUUAAAAUAGAGGGACUAUAUGUUAAUUUCAGUGUACUGUAAUACAGAGUUUUGGAGUCUGUCUUCAGACUAACUGUCUGGUUACAUAAAGGUCCAAGCAUUUUGAUUUCAGACUCUUUUUUUUAAACUGGGACUCAUGAUUUUUCACAAGAUGAGUCCCAGGACUCACCAUAACUAUUUGUAACAAAAUCACUGAUAUUCUAAUCCUAGCUGUAUGCAGGAUGUUUGUCACAUGAACCUAGUUUAGUGGCCUCAGCUCCCACCAGUCUUCCAUGGCUCAGUGGUAGAGCAUCGGCACUAGUAACCAGACGGCCCUACUUGCAGGUUCGACUCUAGGUGGGCGUACUCGGAUGUUUUCUUCCAAGCCGCCUUGUUCAUUGACUGAAUAACAUCUUCCUCAUCUACUCACCAAGCUUAAAAUUCACCAUCACAUUUCUGUCAGUAGUUCUCCUGUUUUGAGGCAGGAGCUUACUUCACUUUCUAACCCAGUGCCGGAACCAGACCUUGAGAUAAGGGGGGAGCAGUUUGGUCCAAAUUAAGGGUGGGGGGGCAGGCCCCCGGGCCCCUCCCCUGAAUCCGCCAAUGUAACCAUACAUGUUUUUAAUGCAACCCUUCCAGGUCUUGCAUUGCUUCUAAGCAAAUGGUCAGAAGCGAUUGAUCUCCUUCUUAAUCCUCGAGAUGGGGAACCAGAUGACUUAAGAACAGCUCGUCAGCAUUGGAAGGACACGAAGAAUGCCAAAGAAACAUUGAAAAAGAUCCCCAGGGGGAAGUGUAUAGAGACUGAUCUCUUACAGGGUUUGGUUAGACAUGGCCCAUCAGGACUGGUCAAUGCUUUGCAGAGUAUCUCCAGGAACACAAGACUCAUGUAUGUUCAUGCCUAUCAGAGCUAUGUGUGGAACUCCAUGGCCUCUAAACGCAUUAAGGUAUUUAUCGUGAAGUCAGUUAUUAUUUUAAGUGAUUGUUAUUUCAUGGUAAUUUUAAGUUUUACUAAUGAAAGAUCGUGCAUGCUUUCACUGAUAAUCCAAGAUGGGGUUACUGCAAAAGCAUAGCCAUUUAGUGCAGACUCUAGACGUUCGUAUUUUACACGUUACACGUUCGUAUUUUGAACGAGUUUUCUAGCUCCUCGACGUAACGUGUCAAAAUAAAUGACUGAUUGAUCGAUAGACAUUAGGCUAAUUAUAUGUAUUCAAAAAACACAAAUACAAUAGGCCGACCUACAUGUAAAAACAGCCUAAGGUGAUAUAGCGCGUAUGUUACGCUUUUCUUAUCGUACAGACAUGUACGCGUAAAUAAUUGUUCUUGAAUGAUAUCAUACAUUGUACGCAUAUCCGGAUAAAAGUCAGAAUUUGUUUUAAUGCCAGUUUGGAGAUUUUAACCACAUGACUGAAAUAUUUUUAAAAAGGAUGAACUCGAAAAUAUUGAUGCAAUAAAAAGUAUUGAAGAGACUACCAAGUACAAGUGUAUAGAAACUAGUAUUUCCGGUGCUCUGUUAAAAACCAAAACACAAAAUAUUAUUGCUUUUACUUCAUGUUCGCGGACACAGAUGACGUGGAACAAGACCUCUUUUUUUUCUGUAUUUUUCAACUACUUGCGGUGGACUUGAAUUUGUGCAAAGAGCAAGCACCAUUUGAAAAUAUGCUAUCCAAAAAAUUCAAACUGUCGAAAACUAGGCAACGAGUAGUUCCUUUUCCCUGAAAGGAUUAGUAUCGAGCUAGCGACAUGCUUCAGUGCGCCUGAAAAACGCCACCUGCGAGGAACGGUGAAAAGCGUGUGGUGUUUUUGGAACGCGCUCGCGUAUUUAGUCACUCUACUAUCCUGGAGAGAAAUCAGUAAGAUACGCGUCGUCGAAAUUCAAAUUAAAACACGGAUUUUGGUCCAGCUGUGUAAAACGUUGUAGGAGCAAAUAUGGAAUAUCCACCUUCCUACUGAGCAGGAAACUGUUAAAGCCAAUACAGUCAAACCUCUUUAAUACGGACACCAAAAGGACAGAACCAAGUGUUCCCUUUACAGAGGUGUUAGUAGUAUAGAGGUAGGGAAUGUAUGAUUUUUGGCAUUUCUGGGACCAAACGAACUGUCUGUAAUAGAGAGGUGUCCGUAAGGAGAGGUUAGACUGUAUUUGUUUAGCCAGCUCAAGACGUUCAGGGCUGAGUUGCUCAAAGCAUGGUUAGCUUUAACCAUUGGUUAAGCAGUAUCAAAACCAAUACGUUGUCAAGGUAUUAAACGCUGGUUAACGCUAACCAUGCUUCGAGCAACUGGGCCCAGGUUGUUAAAACGGCGCAAAUGACGCUGUACUUCACUAUCUGAACGCCUGGUGAAAGCUCAUAUUUGUUUACACUUAUUAGGACUAUGGAUUGCAACCUGUCAAAGGAGACCUUGUAGUGACAUCAAAGAAGUCAACUGAAUGUACAGUAAACAGUGGUGGGUAUCAGAAACUUUGUAUCAUUUAAUGUACUAGGUGUUGAUCAAAUUAUCUCGUGAAUGAUCCCAUUUUUGUUCGAUCUCUCUUUGAUUUGUUUUCCUAUUUAAUGUUCUGUCAGUUCUCCUUAGUAAGUUGGCACUUUAGAAAGGAAAAGAGAGCUGAGCCAAGUUACUUUCGUAAAGACUUCUGGGACUGUUACUAGGGACAGGGAAAAACAGUAGGCCAUUUGCACGAUGACGUCAUUUUACUACUACAACUACUAAUACAAGAAUACUUCAGUGUUUUGCUUUCUUGUGCAAAUUAGGGCUUUUUUGGUUUUAAACCUCGCUGGGAUUACCAAAUUUAAAUAUGAAAGGAAAAACGAAAUGGAUUUUGGUAGUAGUAGUAAAAUGACGCCAUCGUGCAAAUGGCGUUUUGGCCAAUAUCUAACCGGUAGGUCCCCAGUAACGUUUGUACAAGAAACAAGAAAUAGGACCGUAAUGUCAACCUCGAUGUCCAAGAAAAGAGUUGAAGGAGAAAUAAAACAGUCAAACUUCAUUUUUGCAAGUGCAUCACAAUUUUGUUGCUUGUCUUGUCAGUGCAUGACUACAACUUGAACUUUUUUUGAAAUUUGCCAAAACACAUUUUAUAAAUUUUAAUGCCUCUAUUUGACGUUGGAUGCUCUCCCCAACCAGUUAUUCAACCACAGGACACUCACUUUAGCUUCACAUGACAAUUGAAUGGGGCGCGAAUAAAAUCGCGAUACGACAGAUAUUUUAAUGUUAGAAAAUGUGAAAAGGACUACAGAGUGCACUGAUUACUACAAAUUGCGCGAAUUUUACGGAGGGGACCUUCCUUAAAAUGGGCGCACCGGAGUUGAUAACCUCUCUUCGUCAAGGUCCCAGCGGUGCCUGCCUUUAAGACGGUUGACUACUCUUCCCUUGUCAGUUUUUUUUUACUGUAUGUGGUAUAUCGCAUUCCAAACACUUAUCAAGGACAUUGAGAAAUGCAUUAUAAGCGUCUGGGACGUUAACAUUUUCUUUGCUUAAGCCCGCUCAUGUUUCAGUCCCGCUCGGAAACUUUUGCCAAUGAAGCCAGCUUGAGCGCUGUUCGAGAGAAGUCAACUUAUUUAAAAAUCCAACUUCACUGUUAUUGCAGACACGCUCCAAGUGGAAGAUGUGGUGGACUUCAUUUCCGAGCCCAGUCGCACCGCGGUCACUGUAGUAACGGAAGAGCAUCUAACAUCCGGGCAGUACACCAUUCAUGACGUCGUUCUACCACUUCCUGGUUACGAUGUUGUUUACCCUGACAACCACAUGAAAGAUCACUACAAAAAAAUCAUGGCUGAUGAUGGACUGGACAUCAAUAACAUGCGGCAUAAAGUGAAAGAUUAUUCUCUGUCUGGCGCUUAUCGGUAAGUCUACUUACGGAUCAAUUUAGCUCUCUGGGAAACUGCCCACCUACCCCUCCCCUAAGCCAUCAUUUUGCCCUAAGUGAGAAGUAAGUGUUAAUGUUAGCUUAAGGGAGGGGUAGGUAGGCAGUUUGCCAGAAACCUUAAGUGAUCCCCUACUUACUACGGAACGGUUGAGUGUAGUCCUGAAUAGGUAUAUUUUGACAGUGACUGACAUUUCGACAUUCUGUGCGGUUUCACAGUUGCAUCACGUCAGUUGAUCUUAUUGGAACCAUGAUGAAAACCCUUCUUAUUCAUUCAAAAUAUUUCCGUUUUGGAUUGGCAUAAAUCCCUUGGCUUGUUGUUCAUAACCAGCUAACGUUGACCAAACUUGGAAGAUGUUUGGCGGGUUUAAUACAAUCCACGCCAAUUGACCACUGCAGCGAACACCAUAACAUACCAUAAUACUGUUUGUUGGUCACUCUAAAAUUUUGCAUUUGCAUUGUCUUCAGUUUCUCGUAGAGCCAUUUUAACUCCCAAGAGAAACUGAAGACAAUUCUUAUGCAAAAUUUUGGAGUGACCAACAAACAGUGAGUAUUAUGGUAUGUUAUGGUGUUUUCUGGAGUGGUCAAUUAUACUGAAGUGAUAUCGACAGAAAUAGGGGCAGCAGAAGGCGCGGUAGGUCAGCUGUUUUUACCAGAGCUGGAGAAGAUUUCACUCGUUCACAAAAAUACCACUCAACAGUUCACAAUUAAAGAAUUUCUGCUAGACUAAACAUCCCUUCAUAUCCUGAAAUUCCCGAGGAAUAGACCAAUGAUAUGAAAACGGGAUCUUUACGUAGAUCGAGGUAAGCACGCUUUGUUAAGUUGGAAAUAUUUUGAAUGAAUAAUAACUGAAACAAUUAUUGAAUUUGACUUUUGAAUGAUACAUGUAGAGAAUUAGGCAGAUUUUGGAGGGUGUUAUCCCGAACGCCUCCUCGGUCUGCAUAAAAUUCUUCAAAACUCAACCACGUCUAAUAGUUGCUGUAUAUGAGCACGCAUUUUCCCCACAUUGUUCUCCAUACAUUUCCAUUGGUGCAGUGAGGAGAACUUGUUUUACAAGCAAAAACUCUUUUUCCUCGAUUUUUCUUACAACCUUCAUGUUUGAUUAUCUUCGAUAACACCAACCCUUACCGGGGUGAAACCCUUGAAGAAGUCGUCCUUCUUUUUGAAUUCAAGUCAUUCUGAGGGAAAGUCAACUAAAUGCGAUUUUCGUUUCUGCUUUAGCCGAAUUUUUUGCCACAGUUGGAACGUGGAUUUUUCCAAAAUCGUCAUUCAUUUGCUAAUAACAAUAUUGUAAUGCAAAACAUAUUUAUUGUGUAUGUCAAAUCAUACUAUUUUUAAAGAAUGAUUCACAACUGAAUUUAGGUAGUUUUCACAGGUCUGCGUCGGCUUUUACAGAUGUCUUUUCUUAUAUUUUUAUUUAUUUGUUUCACUAAGGAAUCAUGUCAAUCGCAUUUCAGUAAGAUAGGAUGAAUUAGGCGUGUCCUUUCAGUCAGCUUUCCUGCACAAUGCUCACUUCAAUGUACUUGAUGCCGACUUUUUCGCUGCUGUCAUCAGCGUAUAUUUCCAGAAAUAGGCCUUUUUGAGGAUUCAGCUUGUGUUGAAAAACCAUCUCACUGCUGAAGCCGCCAUCGUGGGAAGUAAAACAGGUUCCCCACCGGUCAGACAGGCUUAGCUUGGUCUCGACCCUUCCCGGGUAGUAAGACUCGGCAGGCUUUGGCAAAGGCGAACCAUAACGACGAUCACUACCCAUCGUGUUGCCGCUGAUUCCUUCAAGUGGAUCGCAAGGAGACGCAUGUUUGUAAUUGUUCUUGUCGCGUAUAUGAACACCAACAAAAAACUGACCGUCGGAAAUCACGUACGAGGGAUCGCUUUCUCCCUGACCGAUAUCAAUGUCAGUCCCGAUGACCAUUUUUAUAACAAGGUUUGCAUCGGCGUUUAGCGUUUCUGCUGGAAUGAGUGGUCACGCGCUCCGAUCACGCGUCAGGUCUGAAAUAGGGUAGGGAAAAUAACAGAUUUCGAUCUGAAAUAGGUUAAGGGUUUCGGUUUCAGAAAGCGUGCCGCACACCCCACCGAAUUUUUUUGGAAGUACCCCCUCCCCCCCCCCUCCGCUUGGGAUUCAGUUAAGGUGUAAGCGUGUGUCAGGGAAAUUGGAUAUACUUUACGUGUUGCGUGGGCUUUUUCAGUGUGAUCAUGUGAAGGUCUUGGCCUUUGAUUGUAAGUUACGAAACAUGCAGUUUGACAUGCAGAGACACGGGUAUUUCUCAGUCCCCACUAACUUUAUAGACGAAAAUUGAAAGGCUGUUUUCGGGAGUUUUGAAUUUCGCGAGUUUGUGAAAAAAAUUGUCGUGAACAAUAGAAAUAUUUACCGUUUAAUGUAACAUGUUUCUAACUCAUUGUUGGGUCUGGUGUGUAUACUGAAAAGUACGGCGAAGAAAGGUAAUUUUCUUACCUAAAACUAAACCCAUCAAAUCUGCAACUAAUAGCAACUCUGAUAGUUUCAUUGUUUUACAUAAUAUCUUGAUAAUUUUCGCGAGAGUUGAUAACUUAACUACAUGUAGAUAAGAGCCUUAUGAAGAACUAUCCUUCGAGUACAGUACUCAAAAUAUAUCAAUGUACAGUAGACCAUAAAGGAAUUCCAUGCUAUAAUGUUGGGGCAACAUUUACAUUUAUCCAGGUUGUGAAAUGUAGAGUUAGAAUUUUCUUACCUUGGUCUCAGCUGAAGAAUGCCGUACUGAGAACAGUGCAGCUAAGAAGAUCAACACUAACAUUAUAUGAAACAGAUUAAAGGGAACGAAUCGUUCUGGAAUGCGGUAGAGCAGAAAUAAAGAGGAAAAUUAAACAUGGAAUAUACUUAUAAUGACGAUAAUGACAACUUCUUGACUUUUGAUUGGAUAACUUUUACAUGAUUGACGUCUGAGUGAAAUCUCGUUCUCUCCCAGAGGGCGUUUAGUGGGGUAGUAUCGCGGCCCAUGGGAACGCGUUUGCACUCUAUGCAGUGACUUCAGGUCAACUGAUUUUAGAUCACGCACGAGCGUCACCUUUACUCUUGCAUCACGUUAUUUAUGAUAUUCGUUUACCAAGUCGUCGUUGUGAAUAGCGUAGAAGUCCGUUUAUUUUUAUCAUUUCCACCGUUCUCGUGAUUAGAGAAACCGUAAACGAAAGCGUCUCUUGGCGUUUGGACUGUUAACAGUGUCCUAUUUUCCCGUAAAACCGUCGAAACCGAGCGCUUACAUAACGGAUGGUCAUCUUGGUUUUAAAUGUACCGAGGGGGCGAGCAUAUUAGUAAUGGUAAUAGGACUGAAUGUAGUCCAAUUCGGUCUGUAAUCAUACGAGUGAUUAACAAAAUCGAUUUGUUUAAUCACGAGUGUGAUUACACACCGAAUUGGGCGACACGAAGUUCUGUUACCAAUUAAUCGUAACUUUAACGAAAUUUGUGACAUAAUAGGCUAUCUUUUAAAUCAAAACACAAGAAAUUCUGAGAUUUUUAUUGCUAGCAGUGAAAAAAAAAGCCAUUUAAACGCGCGCGUGAUGGCACGUACGGUCCAAUUACUUAGGCAUGACGCGUGCUGUCCUAUUUACUGUCUAAUUAAGGCUGAAACCAGGGCAGUUGAUAUCCAAUCAGAUUUGACAAUUUUGUUAUAGUUAUGAUUAAGGGUUUUAUAGGAUCGGGAUGGAUAGCCACAGUGCGAUUUUGCGUUAUCGAUGUACACCCCAAAGCCCUUUCCCCCUUGGUACACUGAAAACCAAGAUGGGCGAUCUUUAAAUCGACGAUCUUACCAACCUCGUCCCCAGGACCCUCUCCUAUCCGUCUCCUGGGGACGAGGUUGUCAUCUUACGUGAAAGUAGGGGAUUGUUUUAAGGAGGCAGCGUGAGCGAGUGGUUUGUUCGUCGGACUCGUUUCCGGCCGUCCCGCGUUCAAGUCUUGCUCAGGCCCCUUAGUAUCGGUCGUCCCGAAUUGAUAUCCUCAGCGACGUUUGUAAAUAGCGAACUGUUUGCUUCCAGCCGGUUGGAGUUUUUAAUCCUUCUCCCCAUGUGAGGGAAUCCAGAUUCCACAAUACUGGAAAUUUUUGCUAGUGGAAUCAGGAAUCCUGGGCUUUGGAAUCCGGAAUACAGCUGUAGGAAUCCAGAAUCCCAAUAACAGUUGGAAUCCAGUAUCCAAGUUCCACUGAAAAAGAUCUGGAAUCCAUUACCUGGAAUCCGGAAUCCAGAAUCCAAGACUGUCUUGGAUUCCCUUAGAUUGCGGUUUUUAAUCCGUUUUUGCUUUAUUUGCGUUAUAUGUUUCUAUUACACGUAUUUGAUCGGAACACAUGCAAACUAGCUAGAAACCGAAUUAAACUUUCACCAGAAAGAAACCUUUAUCUUAAGAUAAAAAGAUUCAAGAGAUUCCUCGGGUAAAUUGGUCGCCAUGGUUUCAUUUACUAGGCGAACACCACCCGUCUGUUGAGAAAUUGUUCGAGGCCGUCUUUAUCGUUAAAGUUUAAGCAAUAUCAAGGACGCUUCAUUGACGUCACGCAACGGGGCAAAGCAAGCGCUCCCUGUAACUUACGUCUUCUUUCCUUCACUUUUGUGUGAACCAAAACAAUCGUAUUUCCGAUGGAGAUUAAAUAGUCCGAUAGAAACGAGAAAAAUCUAUGCUGUUCAAACUUAACAAUUAAACUAAGUGAUCAGAUGGUUAUCUGACGAUUUGACUGCCAAUUUCCACGUGUCGUUACCCAAAGCACUCUUGCAUGACUCUCUGCGCGCCGUCAGUGGUGUUUCGUCUCGUUUCAUCAUUCCUACUUUUUUAAUGAGCGUUUUUCAUUUUCCCUGUAGAAAACUGAUCGUCAAACCAAGUCUUAUGAGCUGGCGUUGGCUUCGUUACAAUGACGUGAAACAACCGCUGGCUCUGACAGAUAUGGACAGACUCAACGGUACCCAGGAACCACAGACAGUUGCAGACGGAAAGUACUGGGCACUUCAGAUGCAGUUUACAUUGCCCACAUCAACGUAUGCCACUAUGGCCUUACGUGAAGUUCUUAGAUGUGACACAUCGUCAGGUUACCAAGCCUCUCUCAACCAAGAGUAAGGCCUGAUCAGCGAUGUAGUUGUUGCUGUUUUGAAAUUUCUUAGAAUUCAAGGAGACACUGUAGUAAUAUUCAGUUCUAAUUUAUUCUCGAUGGUGAGAAAAGUAGAUUAUAACAGACUUGUUAUUAAUCAAAAUUGUGGUGCAACGUUUGGGAAAGAAUGAAUUCAAGACGGCGAGCAGUUUUUGUUUUGUUUUUUCUUUAUCAGUUUUUAGCGUCUCAAAAAAAACAUCAUGGAAUAUCGUUAUCCAUUGACUGACUGUCUGGAGGACUUGUGACCUAAGUUUAGACCAGGAACUCUGUACGUUUCCCUAAAGCUUGAGCACAGAAAAGAUUUGACCAUUUCAAUGGAAUAAAGCCACUUCUUUUCUGGUCAGCUAAGUGGUCAGUUGUUUAGAGUUGUGGUAUAUGUUUGAUUUAAAGCAAUUUUGUUGCAUGUUGGUACAUACCAGUAAAGAGUUAAACAUGAUAAUUUUACAGUUAAGAAAACGAGCAGAAGUGCAUUUUUAAACCUGAUAAUACACGACUGCAAGUUUUUGUGAACGGCU